UAACACUACAUAUACUAACACUACAUAUACUAACACUACAUAUACUAACACUACAUAUACUAACACUACAAACGUGUUUGUGAAGUCAGAGAAAGAAUCAGUCUCAACAACCUUUUGCUGUGUGUCUCAGGUGCAGAACGCUCCAGGGCCUUGUGGACUGAGUGGUGGAACAGGUGUUUCCUCAGCUGAAACAGGUGUUUUCUCACCUGAGCACCGGAGUGUCUCAGUGAGGCGAGCAUGCAUCCCUUCGGCUGUGAAGCUCAGAGCUCUCUUCAGGACCUGUUUGAGUAUUUCAGGCGGUGCCUGCAUCAUGGAGAGUGGCAGCUGGCCAGUGCCUGUGUGCCUCAGCUGCUUCAUUCAGCAGGACGACUGUCAGACAAACUGCAGAGCAUAGUUAAAGCUAUCAUCUGCCAUCCUUACAGUUUAAAAUGGGAGGCUGUUGGCAGUCCUCACAAGCUGGCCUGGUUUUGGCUGCAGGUCUUGGAGAAAUGGAGCAAAGAACAGAUUUCUCCUCACAUCAAACAGGAACUGGAGUUCCUGCUCCUCCUGGAGGAGCUGGGGUCAGAGGGCAUACCAGACACUGCUCUUAAAGAACUACAUCAGGCUUUCUUGGUGUCACAGUUUGAGGAAAGAACAAAUGUCRCUGCUGUCGAGUCUUCUCUUCAGAUCCUGCUUGAGAAAAAGAAGCCAAGGCUUGCUCAGACGUUAGCACAUUUUUUACAGACUCAGCCUGCAUGGACUGAAGGYUGUCCUCUGCAGUACAUCUUCAUCCAGCACCUGAUGAAGCAGCUGGAGAGGCCUGGAAGCAGAGCUCGGAGGGUGGAGGAGGUUUACUCAGUGCUGGCUCUGGUACCAUGGAGCCAGAUGAGUAACAAACAUCUGGAGRUGCUGUGUGAAGCUCUGUGGGCAGCCAGAGACGGACCUCUGACAGAGGAGAGGGUCCUCAGCUUGUUGCUCCGCCCUCGCUGUGACACACUGGUGACGGUGUACUGCUCCACAGCUCUGAGGCUGCAGAGAGAUCAUCUGCUGAGAAAUGCACCUGAAACACAAGUGGACUUGCCUGAAGCAGAGAAGCUAACCCUCAGUUUGUGUUGCCACAAGGAUCGUCCAUCUACAUGGAAGACCAUCUUUUUCGAGUGCCUUAACAGUGGGAAGCACUUUCUGGAACAGGUCUUAGUCACAGCACUCGAUCUGAUUAAACUCGAGGAGUUUAGUCAGCUGAAAAGUCUUCUCCAGCUGGAGUUUAGGCCUUUAUCUCGACUGCUGCUGCUGCUUGGAUGGAGUCAGUGUCGCAGUCUGAGUUCUGCUCAGCUGCUUCUCAACAUCCUUCACAAAGAGCAGGUUUCAGCCAAUGACCAGGUUCUGCAGGACUUUUGUGAUCUUUUGUCAUCUCAGCUUGAAAUACUUCAGUGGUGUAAAAGCAACAAUCCAGGGUUAUCAAUGAAAGUGUUGCUAGCACAGCUUCAAACUCUGGACAAUCACUCAGCCCUGUAUAUUCUGCACACACUGACUCCUUUGGCUCAGUAUGAAGAACACAGGAUACUAGAUCUGCUACAACUGCCAAAUUUACAUAAAGCAGAAGAAACUGAUUCAGUCAGUCGAAGUCCAGGUGUUCAGAGGAACAUUGUUUUGUUCCAGGGCUUCUGUGCCAUGAAGUAUGCCAUUUAUGCACUUUGUGUAAAUUUACACAAAUACUCUAACUGCACUGAGUGUGAGUUCAUACAGCAUCACCAGCCUUCAGAAAUGGACCAAAACAAAACCUCAGUUUCCUCAGAAGGAGUGGCUUUCUAUUCCAUCUCAGACAUCGCAGAGCGCCUCCUCAGCAGCCCUCCUCAUCCAAUGCCCUCCUUAGAGGAGGCCUACUGGCUGAGCCACUGCCCUCCUGAUGCUUCAGGCCUCCUGUAUACUCUGCUGGAGGAGCUCAGCCCUGCAGCCAUGGCUGCAUUCGACCUGGCUUGUUGUCACUGUCAGCUCUGGAAGACGUCCCGUCAGCUGCUGGACACAGCAGAGCGCAGGCUGAGCAGCAGCCUUGAAGCUCGAGGAUUAAAGGUUGACAGAAAAGUUCCUCAUUCUGAGGGGAUCUGUGGAUUUCCCCUGAUUUUACAGCAGGUCAGCAAGAUCCUGAAUCAUUCAGCAAGUCACAAGAGCUCCACCAAAACAGAUCCUGUUGGGGAGGARCAGGUGUUUGCCAGCCCGUUUGGUUGCUGUAUUCAGGAAGUGCUGCUCUGUUGCCACCCUACACUGAGUGAAGAGGGCAUUGCAGCCCGGCUCGGUCUGACGCAGCGUUUGGAGAACACUCUGCACAGUCUGAGCACUGCUACACACGGCGCAGAGGCCAGUGCUGGCAGCACUCUGCUCACCCUGUUGGUGGAACAGGCCAAUCUGAAGCAGGCAGAGCUGGAUGCUCAUCCUGUUCGCUCCAACAUGAAGCAGCUCCUUCGCUCUCUGGACCAGCUCUGCCCCUUCGAGCCCGACGGAGACUCUGCCAGACCAGAUUACGUGCGCAGUUUCUUUGACUACAUCAACACUCUAGCCUCUGUGUUAGUGCGUGGCCUCACYUCAGAAGACCACAGUGGUGAAGUGAAGCUUGGAAAUCCACUGCUGGUUUUACUUCAGACACCUUUCCAGCUUCUCUCCCACCUGCUGUUUGAUKGACAGGUGUCUCCUGACAGAGUUGACUCCCUGCUGCAGCAGGAGGGACUCCGGCUCAGCGUCCAGCAGGUGAUUGUUCAGAGAUGCUGUGAGCUUCUGCCGGUCUGGACCACCUGUCCAGGUGAGGAAGGAGACUCUGGUGAAAGCAGGAGCAGCGAUGGAGCGUUCAGUGUUUCCUCCUUGUUCCUGCUGCUGCAGCAACACGCCCAGAGUUACCUGAGCAUCCUGGGGAUCCCAGAGUCUCUGUGUGAUGAGAGCUCUGAGUCUGAGGUGUCAGCUGAGGACCCGUCCACUACCCUCAUCAACCUGUCCUCAUCUCCACCCUCUCAGUCAUCAUCGUCCUCCUCCUCUUCUGCUAACUCUUUCCUGCUCACAGCAUCUGCGCUGUCUUUCCUGAAGUCCCGCUGUCCUCUGUUGGCCACCCUGACCUGUCUGAGUGCCUGUAAGGGAGAACCUGCCCGCACCCAGUCCUCCGGAUGGACCGGAUACUUCCGCAGCAGCCAUAAGGAUGUGGUCCUGGACGCUGAGCAGAUUUCUCAAGAAGCCAAUGAGCUUUUAAAGGACUUCCCUAUUUUACGGGCCUACCUUCACACCAUGGCAGAACCAGUCCUGGGCUCCUCUGUAGGUAAGGAAGGUUCUGCUGGACUGGAGGCAGGGAUCUGUGGAACAGCUCUGGUCAGUCUGCUGCUGUCCGGGCCUCAGGAGGAGGCAGCUCAGGCUGUGGCUGCUGAGGCCUUUCACAGCGCUCUGACCUCCAAGGACCUGAGCCGAGCCCUCAGUCUGCUGGAACUGUACGGGUCAGGUGSCAGCCAGCAGAGGGCGCUCACAGACUGCUUGUUGGCCUGUUCUGCUUUACAAGGCGGAGCUGAAGGCGUGGCUCAGUUGUUCCGUGUGCAGGAUGCCAGCCUGCGAGCCCGGGUGGCCCUGCAGGCRCUGGAGCACUGGCCUCUGUCCACCUGUCUGGAGCUGAUGGAGUUCUGCCUGAACGACUGCAGCACUGAAGAGUCCCUGCAGACAGAGCUGCAGCUCAGAAACAAAGAGCUGCACAUCUACGGCUGGAUGAUGGACUUACAGCCACCCUUACCUUGGACCACCUGGCAGGAGCUGAGAGCAGAAUCCAAAACAAACCCUGAGUCCAUGUUGGCUUUAAUCAUGGAGGCGAAUGAGUUCUCUCUGUGUGAGCAGUGGGUUGAGCUCUAUCCUGUUUCUGAGCAGCACAAACUGCAGCUGCAGACGGAACAUUUGCUCUUUUUGUUGGAGAAAGGACAAACGGACGAGGCUUUUCAGCUCCUGGAAGGCAUGGCAGAUUUCAUGGUGGGACUAGAAGUUUGUGAGCGUGCUCUGGAUCGCCGCCCCGGCUUGUCUGCGUGCCACUUCCUGGCUGACUACCUGACCCUGCAUUCCCAGAGACACAUGUCUGAGGAGCGUCGGCAGCACAUCCGUGCUCUUCACCUGGGCUCGAAGGUGCUGCUGACUCUGCCCCCAGCUGCCAGGCAGGAUUAUUUCCCCUUGCUGUCCAAGCCCAUGCUGAUGUUGGAGCAGCUGCUGAUGAACCUGAAGGUGGAGUGGGCCGAGGUGGCCGUGCAGACGUUGAGGAGCUUGCUGGUCGGUCAGGAGGCCGGCUUCAAUGCUGAGGAUGUAGAUAAGCUCCUGGCAGACUACGCUCGUAAAGCCCUGGACUUCUCCUGCGCUCCCAGAGAGAGGACUCGGUCCGACUCAGUCAUCAGCCUGCAGGAUACACUGCUUCAGUGCCCCGCUCAGGACAGCAGCUCUUCGUCCAGCCGGGUGGACUCUCCAGCAUCAUCCAGCAACAACACACCUACACAUUCUGCAACUAGCUCCGACAGGGAGAGAGAUCUGAACUCCUCAGGACGAAGACGCCGCUCCUCUGCCAAGUUCCAGCCUCCGGACCAAGUCCCGGCCCAGAAAGACUGGGUCCCUGACACCCAGCAUGACGUGUGCAUGGUGUGUCAGCGUGAGAGGUUCACUAUGUUCAACAGACGGCACCACUGUCGCAGAUGUGGCCGUCUGGUGUGCAGUGCGUGUUCAGAGUGGAAGAUGUGUGUUGAUGGGUGUCCAGGAGAAGUGAGAGUGUGUGACCAGUGUUACACCUUCUUUCACCCAGAAGUGAUUGGAAGCCCUGUUGUCACACAUGAACCUUUGGAUGGGAUGCUGCACCUGCCUGAGGAGGUCCACCGACAGUUCCAGCUCAGCUUAGACCCUGCAGAGAACCAGCUCCUGCACAGUGAAUUCUACUACAAACAGGCUCCCAGUGCACAUCUGUGUGUGGCCAUUUUGUCUCUGCACGGUGACCAGGCUGCCUGUGGUCACCAGCUCAUUGAGCACUGCCGCUCCCUGUCCAGAAAGCUGACCAACCCAGAGGUGGACGCCUGCCUUCUGACCGACAUCAUGCAGCAGCUGCUGUUUAGUGCCAAGCUAAUGUUUGUUAAAGUUGGUCACAGCCAGGAUCUGGCCCUGUGUGACAGUUACAUUAGUAAAGUGGACGUGCUCAAGAUCCUAGUGACGGCCAAUUAUAAAUUCAUUCCUUCUCUGGACGACAUUCUGGAGAUGUCAGCUGUCACUCGUCUCCGUAAUCAGCUACUGGAAACAGAACACUACCAGCUGGCAGUAGAGGUGUCGACCAAGAGUGGCCUGGACCCCAGUGGGGUGUGGCAGGCUUGGGCCCUUGCAUCCCUGAAAGCAGGAAAUCUUUCAGGAGCAUGGGAGAAGUUCACCCGCUGCAUGAAGGCUCCAGUGGACCGGAACCAGCUAAGCCUCGGUCCAGUUCUGCUGCAGGAGAUCRUUCAGCACCUGGAAACAGCUGUACGGCCAUCCCAGACCACCUGUUAUGGUGAAGACAUCUUGGCAUCUCUCAACGAGCUGGAGGAUGCUUUGAACGAUGUUGGUCCUGUGGAGCGACAGGACGGGCCGACACAGAGCAGCACUCUUCACCUGGAGUGCCUGUACUACCUGAAGACAUAUGGCACUCACCUGGCUCUCAUCAGCUUCUACAUGCGUCACGACUGUAUGCAGGAGGCUGUGGCCUACCUUCUAGACAAGGAGUGUCCAGAGGAGGUGUUUGUAGAGGGGCUGUUGCAGCCCAGUCUGGAGCGAGGACAUCUAAGCAUGCUGCAGGGCAUCAUAGAGAAACUGGACCCAAGUCUGGACCAGUGCAGCCGAUACCUGAUCGCUUCCUGUCAGUUCCUUCAGAGACGAGGAUACUAUCACUGCCUGUACCAGCUGCAGCUCUUCAUGAUGGAUCAUGUACGCGCUGCCAUGACCUGCAUCAGAUUCUUUUCCCACGGAGCGACUUCAUACCUGCAGCUGGGAGAUCAGCAGCGCUGGCUGGUCAGAGCUAAAGAGCACCUGAGGACAUACCUGCAGGAGCAGCAGGGUCGAGGUGCUGGCAGGAGGAAGUCUGCCGUCAACUCUUUCAGGAAGAUGAUGUCAUCAAGUGAUGUGUCCAGGCACAUGAAUACAAUAGAGCUCCAGCUAGAAGUGACUCGUUUCCUGCAUCGCUGUGAGAGUGGGGCAUCUUCUAAAGGCCCACAGACCAGCUCAGUCUCCUCCAAGUCCUCUCAGUCCAGUCCUCUGCCCACACUCUUUGGUGGAAGCCCAGUGAAGAUUGAGGUGGCUUGCAAGGUGAUGCUUGGAGGAAAAAACAUAGAGGAAGGGUUUGGAAUYGCUUACAGAGUCAUACAGGACUUUCAGCUGGAGGCCCAGGUGGUUUACGUCCGAGCGGGUCACAGGCUCGUUCGCUUCAGGCAGUUUGGAGCUGUACGCCAGCUGCUCAAGUGUGUGAGUGAGUCUGGCACCGCCACCAAGAGUGACUGUGACGCCCUCAUCCUGAGCUGCAUCACUGCUGCAGAGAAGACUCCUGCUGAUGCCAAGGAGCUGGACAGUCUCAUUCUGGAGAUAAAGAACAUAGAAACUAAGAUCAAAGCCUACCUGGUGUGCAGUAAGCUGAGGCCAGCCUACCUGCUGGCAGUAAAGCUGGAGUCCAGUCGGGCCGGUCCUUUGGUCCAGGAUGUCCUGGCAGCAGCAGAGGAAGCCCAGGACUCUGUGAUGCAGAACAUCUGUAACCAGUGGUUGUGUGAACACAACAAGUCUGCUCUGCAGGGUCAGGGCCGACCCAGUGCCAGGUGAAGGUCAGCCAGCCAAACACAGGACGCCUUAAACUACAGACUGAUGCAUAAUCAUAGAAGAGCUGUCAGCUAAUCUGUUGGAUUGAGAUUGGGAUUGGUACKUCUGUAUCUGAGACACAGCACUCAUCACACCCAUCAGUGUUCACAUCUCACAAAUAUUGAAACUGACCUAAUAAAGCACAAGAUAAAGCAGUAAAUACAGCCUGUAGGUUGUGUGUCUGACCAUGUGAGCAUCCUGAGGCCACGCCCACUAUUUAAAUCCUUUGUUUCCAUCAUGGCUUCUGUUUCCGUUGACACUUUGGGGCUGAAGCUGGGCAGACUGGAGCAGUUUGUAAUCAUUGUUGGGUUUAUAGACGUGUCAUGUUUUCUGUAAGAGGAGCUUGUUCUCCUGAGACACCUGCAACACAACCUGCAGCUUCAACACAACCUGCAGCUUUAACACAACCUGCAGCUUUAACACAACCUGCAGCUUCAACACAACUUUAACA